AUGAAGGACAGCGCUGGAGGCUCCACCUUCUGCCCUUCCCUCCCUCCCCUCCCCUCCCCCUCUCCCCCUCCUUCCUUCCCAGCCCUCGGCAGCAGCUCAGUGCUCAGUCAGUCUCAGGCUGUCCGGCCGGGGUGGUUGGUGGUGAGGUUUCAGGCUCCGUCGGGACGAGGCCGUGGCCUGAGGCUCAGGGCCCCCCAGCCCCUCCCUUCCAGCCCACCAGCGUCACCCCCCAGCCCCGAGCUGGACCGCACACCUUGGGACACGGUUUUCCACUUCCUAAGGACGAGCCCCAGACUGGAGGAGAGGUCCGAGGAGGUGGGCGUUGGACUCUUCGCGAGGACCCCGGCGGCGGGCCCCGGGGAGGCGGCCGAGGCGGCGGCGGCCGGGGGCGACAUGGCGGAGGAGCAGGACCUAUCCGAGGUGGAGCUGAGCCCCGUGGGCUCCGAGGAGCCCCGCUGCCUGUCCCCGGGGAGCGCGCCCUCGCUGGGGCCCGACGGCGGUGGCGGCGGCGGCGGCGGCGGAUCGGGCCUGCGAGCCAGCCCGGGGCCCGGCGAGCUGGGCAAGGUCAAGAAGGAGCAGCAGGACGGCGAGGCGGACGAUGACAAGUUCCCCGUGUGCAUCCGCGAGGCGGUCAGCCAGGUGCUGAGCGGCUACGACUGGACGCUGGUGCCCAUGCCCGUGCGCGUCAAUGGCGCCAGCAAGAGCAAGCCGCACGUCAAGCGGCCCAUGAACGCCUUCAUGGUGUGGGCGCAGGCGGCGCGCAGGAAGCUGGCCGACCAGUACCCGCACCUGCACAACGCCGAGCUCAGCAAGACGCUGGGCAAGCUCUGGAGGCUGCUGAACGAGAGUGACAAGCGCCCCUUCAUCGAGGAGGCUGAGCGGCUCCGAAUGCAGCACAAGAAGGAUCACCCGGACUACAAGUACCAACCCCGGAGGCGGAAGAACGGAAAGGCGGCCCAGGGGGAGUCAGAGUGUCCCGGCGGGGAGGCCGAGCAGGGUGGCGCUGCUGCCAUCCAGGCCCACUAUAAGAGUGCCCACCUGGACCACCGGCACCCGGGAGAGGGCUCCCCCAUGUCAGAUGGGAACCCCGAGCACCCCUCAGGCCAGAGCCAUGGCCCACCCACCCCUCCGACCACCCCAAAGACAGAGCUGCAGUCGGGCAAGGCAGACCCCAAGCGGGAUGGGCGCUCCAUGGGGGAGGGCGGGAAGCCUCACAUCGACUUCGGCAACGUGGACAUCGGUGAGAUCAGCCACGAGGUAAUGUCCAACAUGGAGACCUUUGAUGUGGCUGAGUUGGACCAGUACCUGCCACCCAACGGGCACCCGGGCCACGUGGGCAGCUACUCAGCAGCCGGCUACGGGCUGGGCAGCGCCCUGGCUGUGGCCAGUGGACACUCCGCCUGGAUCUCCAAGCCACCAGGCGUGGCUCUGCCUACAGUCUCGCCACCCGGCGUGGACGCCAAAGCCCAGGUGAAGACGGAGACCGCAGGGCCCCAGGGCCCACCGCACUAUACCGACCAGCCGUCCACCUCACAGAUCGCCUACACCUCCCUCAGCCUGCCCCACUACGGCUCCGCCUUCCCCUCCAUCUCCCGCCCCCAGUUUGACUACUCUGACCAUCAGCCCUCAGGACCCUAUUACGGCCAUUCAGGCCAGGCCUCUGGCCUCUAUUCGGCCUUCUCCUACAUGGGGCCCUCGCAGCGGCCCCUCUACACGGCCAUCUCUGACCCCAGCCCCUCAGGGCCCCAGUCCCACAGCCCCACACACUGGGAGCAGCCAGUAUAUACGACGCUGUCCCGGCCUUAAAGGGGGGGCCCUGUCAUCGCCACCUUGCCCGGCCCCUCUGGGUGGCAUGCCCCUUCCCCCAGCCCUCGUGCCCUGUUCCUCACCCAUCUCAGGCCUGGUGGUGGCUGGAGAGGAGGCUGCAGAGGCUGACAGCUGAGGGAAGGCUUUCUGUCUGGCUCACUGCCUUUGAUGACCCCACCCCGUCCUAUCCCGGCUCCAGCCCAGGCAAAGCCCGGGGCUACUAGGCUGGGCAGAAGAGAAGGAGGGGACUGUUGCCCCUAGACUGAAUGAUGAGGGGCUGCACCUUCCCCCCCAGGAAUGACCCUCAUCCCAGGACCUGAGAAAGACCCAUUCACCCUCCUCUGGGAGUCGGGGAGGCAUCCAGGGUCGGAUGGGAAUCGGAGGCCCUGCCACGCCUGGGCCCGUGUUGGCUUUCUCGUGGAGAGUGAGGGGUCUGACAUAACCCGUGCCACUUGGGCCACGUGCCUAAGAUCAAAGCCAGCCAGAGACCUGCGUCAGUGCCUACAGUGGGCUACAUCUGCCCCUCGGGGGCUGAGGACAGCUCUGAACAGCCUGGGCGGGGCAGGGGUGCUCAGAGGGAGGACUCCUCAUCCCCACAGGGCCCCCUCCCCUUCUGAACACAGGGAGGAAUUGGCACAGAGGCCUCCGGACCCAUUUCCAUGCCAGCCACCUCAUUCUUUGUCUCACGGAGACAGGGCGUCCUGGUCCUACUCCAUGACAGCCCCCCAGACCUUGAGGCACCUCCCGGAUGAGGAGUGAGAAGGCAGGGGCUCUAGGAAAGGAUUCAGAGACAAUUCACAGAGCCUUCCUCCCAGGCUCCCUGCCAACCCCCUCUCCCCUCACCAGGCUCUGCGGUCCCUGCUCUGUCAGCCCCGGCCCCUCGGGCUUCCCAGAGGGUCACAGCUGCUCAGACCUCUGCCCUUAGCUCCAGGAGGAGACACAGGACAGGGCCCGGGACCCAGGUUGCUGGCAGCAGGCUGAAGACACUAGACUCCUGACAUGUACGUUCUGCCCUGGCCUUUUGCCCUUUGCCUCCCAGUGGUAUCUGAAUAAAGUACGUAGCUCUGUCUGCCCCUAUCUUCCUGUUCUGCAGCCCCGCAGUCCACAUGUAACUCAUUACUGCCCCCUCUUAUUUAUCUCAGUAGACCCCUCUCCCCUCUCCCCUCCUCCUAGGUAUUCCAGCCCCUAUUAACUCUGCAUUAAGCAUUCCACAUAAUAAAAUUAAAGGUUCCGGUUACCUGCUUGGUGGGCCUGACCUGGCCUGUCUCUUGGUCUCUUAUCCCUGCACCUGUGCCUCCUCGGAUGCUUUCUGGAAGUAGCUAGGGGCAGAAUGCAAAGGACGGACAAUACAGAGG